AUGUCCGGUCGACGAACUAACACGCGCCAUCAGCGCUACCGAGAGAGCCUCACAGCGGAGCGCCAGUCAUUAAUCAGCCAAGCAGCACAGGUUAUGCCGAACUACCACCCCCCUGCGGGCUUCCGAUAUAUGACCCCGCCGAGAAUAACGGAGAAACUAUACCUCCCCGUCAAGGACUUCCCCGAAGUCAAUUUCAUCGGGCAGAUUCUCGGUCCCCGUGGUCGCAGUCUAACAGAAACGGCUACAGCUUCCGGCGCGACGAUCGUGCUACGCGGCAAGGGCUCUGUCAAGGAGGGCUGUGGGAGGAAGCUCCACGGAAGUGACGACAUGAACGAGCCUCUCCACUGUCUCAUCACGGCAGACAGCCGGGCUAAAGUCGAAAAUGCCAAGUCGCUACUUACGGAGACCAUUGAAAUGGCGAUUACCACCCCGGAGCACGCUAACACCAGGAAGCAAGAACAGCUUCGCGCCCUCGCUAGGGCCAAUGGUACUUUUCGAGAUGACGAAGGCUUACACUCUAACUCAGGUCUACCCGGAACGUUCGUUGACAGAAAGCCCUCUAGUAUUCCGGUUGUCUGUCGAGUCUGCGGUGAAAGACAGGCUGGUAGGUUGUUACACGGCGGGAGUACUGUGAGGUCGAAGACGCCUCCAUGGAGGAAGGCGAGGAAGCAUGAAGCUCAACCUGAAGCGCACGGAAAUAUCGACUCACUUGAUGUCAUGUACUCUAGCUUCCUGUCUGAAGUAUGCGCUCGACAAUGA